UGCCGAGCCGUUCACACAGCGUUGCCGCUUAAGAUCAACCUUCCAAGUAAGUCUCUGCCUGCCAAGUCGCCAGGGCUAUUAGAGCGUGAUUAUACAGCUUGGCUCUGAGCAUUAGCUAAUCCGACCCAGCUGGGCUUGCUCUGGACCUGGGAUGGCUCUGGACAUCAGCUGCUUCUUUUUAGUGGCGCUCUUUUCAGCCAGCUGUGAAUCCAUCGCCUCCUCAGAUCAGACGUGCAUUGAGAAAGAAACCAACAAAACAUACAACUGUGAAAAUUUAGGUCUCAGUGAAAUCCCUGGCACUCUACCAAACUCAACAGAAUGUCUGGAGUUCAGCUUUAAUUUCUUGCCUACAAUUCAAAAUACGACCUUCAGCAGACUCGUAAAUCUCACCUUUCUGGAUUUAACCAGGUGCCAGAUUUACUGGAUACAUGAAGAUACCUUCCAAAGCCAGCGUCAGCUAGACACACUUGUGCUAACUGCAAACCCGCUGAUAUUUAUGGCAGAGACAGCACUCAAUGGGCCCGCGUCACUGAGGCACCUGUUCUUCACCCAAACAGGAAUGUCCAGUCUGGACUUUAUCCCUGUGCACAAUUUGAAAAGCUUGGAAAGUUUACAUCUUGGAAGUAACCAUAUUUCCUCCAUUAAGCUCCCCCAAAACUUCCCCACAGAGAAGCUGAAGGUUCUCGAUUUUCAAAAUAAUGCCAUCCAUUACCUAUCUAAAGAAGAUAUGGGAUCUCUACGGCAUGCCACUAACCUGAGCCUUAACUUAAAGGGAAAUGACAUUACAAGGAUAGAGCCUGGGGCUUUCAAGUCAACUGUCUUCCAAAGUUUGGACUUUGGAGGGACUCUCGACUUGCUGGUUAUAUUCAGGGGUUUGCAGAACUCUACUGUUCAGUCUCUCUGGCUGGGGACAUUUGAGGACAUUGAUGAUAAAGAAAUUAGUUCUUCAGUGUUCGAGGGCCUCUGUGAAAUGUCAGUUGAGAGCAUCAACCUGCAGAAGCAUCACUUCCUCAACAUCUCGUCGAAUACAUUCCACUGCUUCACCAGCCUCCAGGAACUGGAUCUGACAGCCACUCACCUGAGACAAUUACCCUCCGGGAUUGUGGGGCUACACAACCUCAAGAAAUUAGUUCUCAGUGCAAACAAGUUUGAUAACUUGUGUCAAGUCAAUGCUGCCAGCUUCCCCUCCCUUACACACCUUUACAUCAAAGGCAACGAGAAGAAACUUGCCCUUGGUACCAGCUGUUUAGAAAACCUAGAAAAUCUUCGUCUGCUUGAUCUAAGCCAUGAUGACAUCGAAACUUCUGACUGCUGCAACAUGCAACUCAAAAACCUGUCUCACUUACAAAGCCUAAACUUGAGCUAUAAUGAACCCCUGGGCCUAAAGACCGAGGCUUUCCAAGAAUGUCCCCAGCUAGAACUCCUGGAUUUGGCGUUUACCCAAUUACAUGUUAAUGCUGCACAAAGUCCCUUCCAGAACCUCCAUCUUCUGAAGGUUCUAAAUCUCUCCCACUGCCUCCUUGACACCAGCAAUCAGCAUCUCCUCGAUGGCCUGCCAGCACUCCAGCAUCUGAACUUACAGGGAAACCGAUUUCCAAAUGGGAAUAUUCCAAAAACUAACCCGCUUCAGAUCCUGGAAAGUCUUGAAAUCCUGACUUUAUCAUUCUGCGAUCUCUCCUCCAUAGACCAGCAAGCCUUUGCUCAACUUAAGACAAUGAAUCAUGUAGACCUGAGCCACAACAAGCUGACAUCUAGUAGCAUCAAGGCUCUUAGUCAUCUUAAGGGGCUAUACCUCAAUCUAGCUUCGAAUAGCAUUGGCAUCAUCCCUCCUGACCUCCUCCCCAUCCUGUCUCUGCAGAGGACCAUCAAUUUAAGACAGAAUCCCCUGGACUGCACUUGCUCGAAUGUUUACUUUUUGGAAUGGUACAAAGAAAACAUGCACAGAGUUGAGGACAUAGAAGCCACUCUUUGUGAAAAUCCCCCAUUGCUGCGGGGAGUCAGGCUAUCUGAUGUCACCCUGUCAUGCAGUAUCACAGCUGUGGGCAUUUUCUUUCUCACUGUGUUCUUGCUUUUGUUCACCGUUGCAUUGAUUUUCGCAGUGAAAUAUUUUCUCAGGUGGAAAUACCAACACAUUUAGCUCAAGGUUUCCAGAGAAGGCAGAUAAACUGAUUUAUCAGAAUUAUCCUAAGUAACUGUCAUCCACAGGUGACCAGAAUUUUCUUGUUCCUUGUGCUGGGCUGGGGUUCAUUGAGCUUUCCUGAACAUGUCUUACUCAUUUGAAUCUCCCAUGAUGCUGUGGUUAGAGGCCCAGGCACUGCUGUGAGAGACAGAGCCACUUCCUCCUGUGAAAAGUGACCCACAACCACUGAACCCCCUAUCUGAACCCCACCCAUCUGAGAAAGGAGAGCAACACGCAUCAGGGCCCCCACCCUCUGCCCAACCUGGCUAUGCUGGGGCCAACCCUGUCUUCUCUCUCUCUCUCUCUCUCUCUCUCUCUCUCUCUCUCUCUCUCUCUCUCUCUAACUUCUGACAUUUUGCUUGAGGCUGAGCGCUCUGUAAUUGAGCCAUUUGGGAAAGUUAGGCCCCAGCAAAUUCUCAAUGCUCAUUUCAAAUGACAAAAGGUAAGAAACACAAUGAAUUUAAAAGACAAGACAAAGUAAUAAAUUCCGCUCUCAACCAGAUUCUAUUAGUCCCUCAGUUAUUUCCUUUCCGAGGUCUUGAGAAACCCCUAGGGUGUCAACAGUACAAAACUUUGAAAGCUUCUCCCUGACCCAUCCCUGAAGGUCGGAUUUCAUUCAUUUCCCAACAAGGGGGUUUCCCUCCUCCUGUCGGCUAUUCCACCUCUCAGGUUGCAAACUUAGAGGUGGGCUGUGGUCCAAACAGCUCAUUUUAUUCCCCAGGUUUCUGGUCCUUGGACCUCUCUCCCACAGGAACAGGGAGAUGAUUGUCUGGUUCCCAGGCUAGCCUUCCAAAGCCUGUUCCCUUCAGAGAAUAUUGAGGAACACCCUCACAAGGGAACCUUGUGUAUUUAUGUGUCCCUGCAGACUAGCUGUCGGGAAUAGGACAAGGGAGAAGAGAUUUCUGUUCAGUCUAGGGGUAUUCCCAAAGGCUAUGGCAGUGACAGACAACAUGGCGCUGUUGAAUGCAGAUAGACAGAGAAGACAGGGCAGUUGACAAUGUCACAACUUAAUUCCUCCCAGGUCUCAAAAUCCUUCUGAUGCAGUCUGAAUUACUAGUUGAAACUCAGUGACUGUGAUGUUUGCAAUUACUGUUCCCUGAAUCCAUGGAGUUAAGCAACAAGAGACUGAUAAUAUUUUUUAAAUAUUGCACAAAUACUAAGUAUAUAUCUUACUUCAUUUCAUCAUUCCCUGAACAAUCUAUGUACACAGCAUAUAUACCGUGUUAUAUAUUGUUAGGAGACAAUACAAAGAAUAUGAAAAGAUCAUGUAAUUCGUAUGAAAAUACUAUUCUAUUUUAUUUUGUAAAAAGGACUUGAACAUUUGCGGUGUCUGGUAUCUGUGAGGACUCCCGGACCCAAUUUCCCCAUGAAAACCAAGGAACUGCUACAUAAGACCAU